CAUAUUUCAAAGCAUCAGGGAGACAGAAGAUGGUCUCAUCGUGUGAAUAAUUCGUAUACAUUCAGAUCACCGAUAGCAUCUAUUCAGAUUUAAGGCAUAUUGUUUAAAAUACUGAGUUAGUUUUGUCUACACUCAAAAUUUGAAAGGAAGAGAAAGCGAAAGUAGGAAUUGUUGGACGCGAGGUUUUAAAACUAAAAUAUAGUGAUGCCAUUUUCUGUUAUUGUCCUGUUUUUUACCAAUGUCUGGCAUGCAGAUGUCGAUGUCCCGUGAGGAGAAAGUGGUGGAAUUCCUGACCUGUGUGAUCUGCCAGGAGCAGUACACAGACCCGUGUACACUGAGGUGUGAUCACACAUUCUGCAGGAAAUGUGUCACCUUAUACGUCCAGACCAGACCAGAUGCUAUACAGGCCAAGACCAUCCCCUGUCCCUGCUGUCGACAAGAUACCAAGGUCCCCCACCCCAGGAGGCCGGUGGAGGAGUGGGGCAGAUCAAAGCCAGCAUCAUUAUACAGGGGCUGA